CCGCAUCCCCGCCCCGCGCUCCUCCCCGCCGCGUGGCUCUCGCCCUUCGGCGGCAGCUGCGGGCGCGAUUUUCCCUUCAUCCCUGCUUUCCUCACUUUUUCCCUUCCUCGCCUGGUGAGGCGAUGGCUGCUUCCGAUGCCGAUCGGCACCCGAAAAAUGAUGACUGUCGAACUUUAUCCUUGUCUGCGCAUGUUGGGUUUGAUAGUUUACCUGACCAGCUGAUUAAGAAAUCCAUCAAGCAGGGCUUCUGUUUCAACAUUCUUUGCGUUGGAGAAACUGGAAUUGGGAAAUCUGCCUUGAUGAACAGUUUGUUUAACAGCAAUUUUGAGGACCCUCCAUCAACACAUUUUCUGCCAAGUGUACAACUUAGAACCCAGACUUACGAAGUUCAGGAAAGUAAUGUUCUUUUGAAGCUGACCAUUGUAAAUACAGUGGGAUUUGGUGACCAGGUGAACAAAGGAGAUAGCUAUCAGCCAAUAGUGGAUUAUAUAGAUGCACAAUUUGAAGCCUAUCUCCAGGAAGAACUGAAAAUUAUACGUUCUUUAUUUAGCUACCAUGAUACUCGCAUCCAUGUCUGCCUCUAUUUCAUCUCACCUACAGGACGUUCCCUAAAAACCCUAGAUUUGUUAACCAUGAGAAGCCUACACAGUAAGGUGAACAUUAUACCAAUUAUAGGCAAAGCAGACAGCAUUUCUAAAACUGAGCUACAGGAGUUCAAGAGCAAAAUAAUGAGUGAAUUAGUUAGUAAUGGCAUCCAGAUAUACCAGUUUCCAACUGAUGAUGAAACUGUUUCUGAAAUUAAUACCAUCACGAAUGGUCAUUUGCCUUUUGCCGUGGUAGGAAGUACAGAAAAGGUGAAUAUUGGAAACAAAAUGGUGAGAGCUCGUCAGUACCCUUGGGGCACUGUAAAAGUGGAAAAUGAGAACCACUGUGACACUGUAAAGCUUCGCAAGAUGCUUUGCACAAAUAUGGAAGACUUAAGAGAGAAGACUCAUGCACAACAUUAUGAGUUGUACAGACGCUGCAGACUGGAAGAGAUGGGUUUCAGAGACAUUGGCCCCAAGACCAAACCAGUCAGUCUGCAGGAAGCCUAUGAGACAAAGAGGCAUAAGUUCUACCUUGAACUGCAAAGAAAAGAAGAGGAGAUUAAACAAGAAUUUGUGCAGAGAGUGAAGGAGAAAGCAGCAGUGUUGAAAGAGGCAGAGCAAAAGGUACAGACUAAAUUUGAAUGUCUUGCGCUAAUGCGUCAAGAAGAGGAACUGAAAUUAAAGGAAAAGAAAGAAGUUCUAGAAGAUGAAAUAGCUGAGUUUAUUGAGAAGAAAGCUACGGCUGAAUUGCUUCAAUCACAAGCGCCCGUCUCUACCCCUGUUGUUAAUUUGAAUAGACAAGGACUGCAGAAAAACCAAGAUUCUCAACUUGAACUCCAAUGCUUUGAUGUCAGAGAUGAAGGAAUUAUGAGUGUUCGAGAACAGAGCGAAAGGGAAAGUGAGGAGGAGGGAGUUAGAGAAAUUCACCUAGGGAAUUCCAGAAAUAGUAUUUGAUUGCAGCACUCAACGCUUUGAAUGUAGGGUAUGUUAGUUUUAUGAAGUGAUCUGAUUGCUGUUGUCUCAUAAUAUAUGUCUUCCUAAUACAGAUUUUUUAGAGAAGAGGUUGAUAAAAUUGGCUGUGAAAUUAUACAGAGUGCAGAAUAUGACCCGAUAAAGAUUUCACUUCCUUCUCUUCCACCCACUUCUUUUUUUCUCCGCUUCCAAAAGAAAAGCUUGAAUUUCAGAAAUAUAUUCAAAAGUAGUCUCCAGAAUAACAUGCCCAACUUCUUCAUAUAUAAAAAUUGAAUUAAAUGCUCAUAUAAUAAAUUAAACUGAUUUAAAUGUUUUUCUCCUCCAGAACUAGAAGUCAAUUAUCUUAUUAAUUUCAUUUCCUGAUAGGUUACAAAUUUACUGCAGAUGACAUUUUGUUAAUUAAUAACUUACUGGAGUUGAAAGCAGAUUUUUUGGUUCUGAAUUUAUUCAUAACUGCUAGAUUAUGAAGAACUUUUGAAGCUAGGUUGGUGCACAUAUUUCCACAAAUAUGUGACAUUUUUGUGGUGUAUGAUAAGAGCCUGCUUAUGUUUUUGCCAAAAUUUAUUGCAUUUCAACUACUGUUACUGAGUUCCUUUUCUUAGACUCCUUUUUUUCCUGGAUUUACAUAUGAAAGUGGAAUUCUUAGAAACAGAGGUCAUUAUCUGCACUACUAUGAGUAACUCACAACUUCAGAAAAUUUUUUGUUUGUUUUCUCUGGUUUGGUUUUAUUUCUUCAGAGUAAGUUAAGUUUAUGUGCUUGCUGUGUUUUUUUAGUUCCAGCUUUCCAUAGUACUGAUGACAGAAGACACAGUAUUGAUAAUUUCUCUCGAGGAAGCAAUGACUCAUGGUGCACUUUUGAAGGUAUAGGUGUUUCAGUUCCUUAUGAAAGGAAGAUAUCUCUCAUUGCUGCGUGCUGCAAAACAAGAAUUUUUAUGCAUGAUCUGUACACAUAGAAUGAGGUGAUUACUGUCAUCACCAUGAGUUUUCUUCAAAUGGUAUGGUUUAGUAGUCUACUAAGUACUAUUCAGUACAACUGUUGACAUAUUUGAACCACUUACUGAUUGUGCUGACAGAUUUUUGUUUAUAGGCUUUUAUGUAUAUGCAGUGUUCUAGAUUUCAGAUACAGUCUUUCUAAUGAAAAUUUAUUGGAAUAUAUUUGCAGUGGUGUACUGUUGCAUGAUAGUUUAUCUAACAUUAAUUUAAUAUGGAAAGUACCUGUAACUUUUUGAUGCUUAUGAGUGUGGUGUUCAGUUACAGCUGAAGCUUUACAAAAACCAUUAACUACGAGAACUGCAGGUUAAAACAAGUUUUAAAUGCCUUGUGUAUUUUCAGUAGCCAUGAUAACUAAUGGGAAACUAUAAGAGGUACAGUUCUCUGAAGUUCUUUUGUGCAAAUGUUUGACAAUGAAAUACUAACCUGACAAAAGUAAAAUAGAUUGAUUUUGCUUAAGAGUUACUCUUGUUCUGCUUUCUGUGCCUCAUGUGUUAUUAAAAAGGAGUAAGAUUUUGUAUUUAUCUGAAAAAAUAAAUUUUUUACAUCUGUUUUAAA